AUGGAUGGUAUUGGUUACAGUGUCAAAGAUAAAGCCGAGAGAUUAGUCAUGGAAUGCUCGGGUGAGGUUGAUGGAGAACAUACCGAGGAGGAUACUCUUAAACUAAUGGAGGCUACAAGCCGAUGUCUAAAGAAUGAAAUGGGACGAUAUCAAUCAGCAUCCUGGCUGACAUUUGGUGGUCGUAAGGUUUUCGCAAUCCAAGUCAUUAAUAACACCAUCACGUUAUUAUCAACAAAAAGAGUGGAAGGUAACAAAUGGGCAUUCAUUGAGCAGAGAUCGGCUUUGAUUCCACGAGACUGGGAUGACAGCGUCUAUUGGGUGAAAGCGGCUGAGCUUUUAAUGAAACUGAACGAGUUGCUUGCUGAACAAGAGGAGGUCACGCGAAGACUAAAAAAUGAACAUGUCGGUCUCAUCACUGUGAAUCCAGAAGAUAGCAUUAAGAAUGCAUUAUCCAAAAUGAAUACCAAUUAA